AUGGGCAAAUGCCAAAGUGUUAGCAACAAUUUUUAUCCAAGUAACCAGUCUCGGAAGAUCUCAAUUGGAAUUACAGUAGAAGCACCUGCGAAGACCAGAACUGAAGCUAGAAAGGAAGGUAAAGUUGCAUCACGGACGAUGGAGAAGAAAGUUACUUCUUCUCAAGGAAAAAGCAUGGAAGCAGACAAGGACACACGGUUGAAAUCUGUAUUAAAAGGGAAACAAGCAGAAGUGCCAGACCAGGAGACUGCAGCAUGGUUUUCUACGCGAUCAUUAUAUCAAGAAACAGCAAUAACAAACACAGUUCAGCUUUAUGCAAGUCGAACUUCCAUUUUACAGUCCAGUGAUGGUUUGCAUAAGAAAUUUGAUGGUGUUACCUAUGGAAGGAAGACAGAGAAGAGAGAAAAUGUGGAAAGGGUGGAAGAAUUUGCAUUUGCAACUACACAGAAAAUGCAUGUGUCAGAUAAGGGAGCGGAGGGAGAAAAACUGGAGACAACGUCACUCAAGGUGGAAGUUAAGAAUUUAAAAUCAGGUAAAAGGGGGGAUUGUAAGGGUGUUUUCGUCAAACCUUGGAAGAAUUCAGAUUCCAUUGAAACUGAUUCUGAAAGUCCUAACCAAAAUGCUUUGAGACCUUUUACUCAUUCUUUAACUCAAAAGAAAGCUGUGAAUAAAACGCAGCGGAAGUUGCAGCAUGAGAUCAACAAGGGUGUGAAUGUGGUACUUACCUCGAGUUGCUUUAAACUGAAGUGUCCAGAAAAGAACGUCUUUGCUUUUGAUGAAGCAGAAGGAAGAGUGGGAAUCUUACACUGGACUGCCAAUGGUAGCUCCUCUUUCUGUAAAAGGAAGAAGCGUGGGAAACGGAGUACUAGAAUUCAGGCCCCUAGGAUCUGCCUCUCUAGGAAACCAUUUUGUAAGAAGAGUUUACAAUCCCCUGCAAGGGAAAAAACACCCUCACCACCUGAGAAAACAGCACCAAAGGUUGAUACAGAGGCAUGCUUUCACAGUCCCCCAUCGCAGAGCCAGAACAAUAAAUAUUCCCUGAAACCCAAGAAUUUGUUCCUAGAAGAAUUUCAGGAUUCAAAAUAA